GGUGGGUGAGGACUGCAGGCUGCACAGCAGGUAGGUAGUAAAGGACCAGUCCUUUUCUCAUUUACUGGGUCAAAGAAGAAAGGACUUCCCAAUUUGGGACAAGAUUUAUUACCUUUAAAAACUAUUUUUUGUGGAACAUAUCUAUAAUCCUAGCACAAAGAAAGCUGAGGCAGAAUUAUGCAAGUCUGGGCUACAUAGUGAGGCUAUAAAAAUCAAAACAACCCGAAACUUAUUCGUUGUUAGGUUUCAAAGAUGUGUGGUGCAUGCCUCUAACCCAGCACUUGGGAAGAUGAGACAGGAGGAUCUCCAUGAGUUCAGGACUAAUCUAGGCUUUGUAGUGAGUUUGAGGCUAUCCUGAACUGUAUAGUAAGACUGUCUUAAAAUAAACAGUUUAUUUAAACUCUUCAAUGAUAAUUUGUUUUCAAAAGAAAGUAAUGUGUUUCAAGUAUGUGAUGGAAUAGUUGGGGAGGACUGCUCUAAUAUGGUGGCAUCUCUGCAUUCCUCCUUUCAAAGCAAAGAAUCCAAGCUUCUAUGACAGCCUUAGAAGAAAACCAUGUUUUUGAGAGUCUAUAAUAAUUCAUCUCUGUUCUUAAAAAAAUUUCUAAGGCAUGCCUUGUCAACCACAGAUAAAAAUUAUAUGCAGACAUCACCAGUCUAUGCAAGGACACCAUGGCCAUUUUGCCUAAAAGGAACAUGUGUUACUGAGAACCAUUCCAACCCUGAUUUCUAGAUGUCAUGUUUGGAGGUGACACAGUCUAAAGUUCUCAGAUCUAUAGUGAUUGGUCACAUGACUUUAAUCCCAGCACUCAGGAGGCAGAAGCAGGCAGAUCUUUUGAGCUCUGGGCCACCCAGGGCUAUAUCUUCAGGCCUCCAGGGACACUACAUGUGUUCAUAUUUCAGGCAAACACUCGUUUAAAAAACAAAACCAAAGAUUGGAUGUGGUGACACAUUUUUAAUUCAAGCACAUGGGGACCAGAGGCAGGUAGAUCUCUGAGUUGGAGGCCAGCCUUGUCUAUGUGGUGAAUUUCAGACCAACCAAGGCUACAUAAUAAGACCCUAUCUCAAAAACAAACAAACAAACAAAAAAAAACAAAAAGAAGGACUAAAAAGCAUAGUGACUAGAAUAAAACUGAUAAGAAGUAACAUGCAUCCAGGUUGUCACUGAAUAAUCUACAAAGUAGCCACAUUGGCAGUCUUGAGGACUAAGCAGUGAGGUGCAUGGAAUAACUGGUGGCCACUGAAGAGGCCAGGUGGUCUGGGCUUCAAGGCAAUCCAAGCACUUAUUUGUUAAACUUCCAGGAGGUAACAGUUGGCAGAAAGAAAUGUGGUUCCUGCUUGAAACUUCAGCAAGUAAAAGAAAUGCCGUAACAUCUCUGGGUUUUAAAAAAUUACAGUGUGUCAGGAGGGAUAUCCAAAGAUGAGAUGAGCACAGUGCCUGUCAAGGAGCUUUCCCAGUGGCCAGUGACCCCCUGUGUCAAUGCAGCUGCUGCUUCAGCCUACAGGACAGACCAUGAAGCUGAAGGAACUUCAGAGGCCAGCUGUCCAGGCAUGGAGCCCAGCCAAGCAAUACCCUGUGUAUCUGGCCACAGGAACAUCUGCCCAGCAACUAGAUGCUUCCUUUAGCACAAAUGCCACAUUGGAAAUAUUUGAGAUUGAUUUCAGGGACUCUUCUCUGGACCUGAAACACAAAGGGAUUCUUUCUGUCUCAAGCAGGUUUCACAAGUUAAUCUGGGGAAGCUUUGGCCAUGGGCUUCAGGAAAGUUCUGGGGUUAUUGCUGGUGGUGGAGACAAUGGCUUGCUUACUCUGUACAAUGUGACCCACAUCCUUUCUUCAGGACAGGAGCCCUUGAUUGCCCAGAGGCAGAAACACACAGGGGCCAUCAGGGCCCUGGACUUUAAUCCUUUCCAGGGCAAUCUCCUGGCUUCAGGAGCCAGUGAUUCUGAAAUCUUCAUUUGGGAUUUGAACAACCUGACUGUUCCAAUGACCCCUGGAUCCAAGUCACAGAACCCCCCAGAAGACAUCAAAGCAUUGUCAUGGAACCGCCAAGUCCAGCACAUUUUGUCUUCUGCUCACCCCAGUGGCAAGGCAGUUGUGUGGGAUCUCAGGAAGAAUGAGCCCAUCAUCAAAGUCAGUGACCACAGCAGCAGGAUGAACUGCUCAGGCCUGGCUUGGCACCCAGACAUAGCCACCCAGUUAGUGCUGUGUUCAGAAGAUGACCGGCUUCCGGUGAUCCAGCUGUGGGACCUGCGCUUUGCUUCCUCACCCCUGACGGUGCUGGAAAGCCACAGCAGGGGGAUCUUGUCGAUGUCAUGGAGUCAGGCUGAUGCUGAACUGCUGCUUAGCAGUGCCAAAGACAACCAGAUCUUUUGUUGGAAUCUGGCAAGCAGUGAGGUGGUGUACAAGCUACCCACACAGAGCAGCUGGUGCUUUGAUGUUCAGUGGUGCCCUCAGAACCCUCCUGUGUUCUCUGCUGUCUCCUUCGAUGGCUGGAUCAGUUUGUACUCUGUGAUGGGUAGGAGCUGGGAGGUCCAGCACAUGAGGCAGGCCGACAAGAUUUCCUCUUCUUUUAGCAAAGGCCAGCCUCUCCCAGUGCUGCAGGUGCCUGAGUCAGUGGCCCAAGCCUCGUUAAUACCUCCCUUGAAGAAGCCUCCCAAGUGGAUGAGGAGGCCAGCCGGCGUUUCAUUUGCUUUUGGGGGAAAACUGAUUACCUUUGGCCUUCCCAGCAUCCCUGUCCAGCAGAUGCCACAGCCUUGUCCCCGCCCUGUCUACAUCAGUCAAGUCAUCACAGAACCAGAACUCCUGACGCGGUCGGCUGUGCUGCAGGAGGCCUUGGGAUCCGGGAAUCUCCUUAGUUACUGCCAGAGCAAGAUCCAGCAAGCUUCCCCGCCCUGUGAGAAGAUGCUCUGGCAGUUCCUGAAGGUGACCUCAGAGCAUGACUCUAGGCUGCAGUUCCUCAGGCUAUUAGGGUUCAGCAAAGAUGAGCUUCAGAAGAAGGUGGACGCGUGCUUGAAGAAAGACUUGAAGUUGGGGGGAAGCCCUUCUCAGCUUGAGGCAGUUGACCUCAAAAGCGACAGACCACACACCUUUUGCCACAAGGCCUCCAAACACACCGCCGAGGAAGCCUCUGCAUCCUCAGCCUUCUUUGAUGAGCUGGUUCCUCAGAACAUGACUCCAUGGGAGAUCCCCACAACAGAAGAAAGUUACAGUUGGACCAGCACACCCUGGGACACUGUUUUGUUGCCCAGAAAUGAAACGUGGGAGUUUCAUGGAGCCAGGCAGACUGAAUUAGAGAUAGAGUUUGAAGACAGGUCUCCAAACACAUCCUCAGCCUUCUUUGAGAAGUUGGAACCGAAGGGGGAGGCCCUGCUGCUCGGGGAGCUUCGGCCUGCGGUGGAGCUGUGUAUGAAGGAAGAACGCUUUGCUGAUGCCAUCAUCCUGGCUCAGGCUGGGGGUGCGGAGCUGCUGAAGUGGACACAAGAACACUACUUGGCCAAGAGGAGAACCAAAAUCUCUCCGCUUCUGGCCUGUGUUAUAAAGAAGAAUUGGAGAGAGCUGGUAUGUGCCUGCAGCCUGAAGAACUGGAAAGAAGCACUGGCCUUACUACUGACAUACUCAGGCCCAGAGAAAUUCCCUGAGCUCUGUGACAUGCUGGGAACCCGAAUGGAGCAGGAGGGAGGCAGGGCACUCACCUCUGAAGCCAGACUCUGCUAUGUGUGCUCAGGAGGUGUGGAGCGUCUGGUAGAGAGCUGGGCAAAAUUCCAGCCAGCCUCCUGCCCACUGGCUCUGCAGGACCUGAUGGAGAAGGUGAUGGUCCUUAUCAGGAGCUUGGAGCUACUGCAGGGUUCUGACAAAGUGAGCCCAGGUCCUGCCACAACCUACAGGCUCACCCAGUAUGCCAAUCUCCUGGCAGCCCAGGGUAGCCUGGCCAUUGCCAUGAGCUUCCUACCCAGUGACUGCAUCCAGCCAGCAGUUCAGCAGCUGAGAGAUCGGCUUUUUCAUGCCCAAGGUUCUGCUGUCCUGGGCCAACAGGCUCCAACUUUCCCUUUUCCCCGGGUUGCUGUAGGAACUACCCUCCACCCAAAAGAGACAUUAUCAUCCAGAAUGGGAUCCCAACCUCGUCACCAGGUCCCAGCCCCAUCUGGAGGGCCAAGGGCCACAGCUCAGCCAUCAUUAGUGAUGCCUUUCACACCCUCCCAUCCCAGCCCUUCUCAGGGUUCACAGUCACCAUCUACAGGUGACUACAGGGUACCUGGGCCCCAGACAACCGUUCCUCUGCAUUUUGGCCCUGGAAUAAGGCCGGCCUUAUCCCAGCCGCAGCUAGCAGGAGGACCCAGUGUUCAAGCUGCAAACCCGGCUGGAUUCUCUGGAGCAUGGCCUCUUCCUUGUCCCCUUCCGCUCAUGGCAUCCCCAGACACCGUGCAGUCGGGCAUCCCCCUGCUGCCUGAGGCUGCUAGACUGCUCCCUCUGCCUCCUGUGGGACCACCAGGUCCCAGUUGGCUGAGCUCCCCACCCUCAGCCUGUCCUGUCAGGUUCUCCAUGGCUUAUCCUCCAGGAGGGCCAGGGGCUUCGUGCUCCACUACCCUCCCGAGCACUGGCAUCUUGCCUCCUCGUCCAGGACCCCAGGAUGCCUGGCAAGUUGCUCCAGCUACCCAGGAAAACCUCCAGAGGAAAAAGUUGCCUGAGACAGUUGUGCCUCCAGCACCAAUUACAGCUCCAGUCAGGAGCCUUGGCCCUCAGCCAUGGCAGGCCUCUAGUGUAAGCUGGUCUCCUCCAGGAGCCCCUAGAGAAGGCAGCCUGCAGCUUCAGCAGCUGCCUCCUGGGAAGACAGAAAGGAAGGAGCUGCCCCCAGAACACCAGUGCUUGAAGGACAGUUUUGAGGCUCUUCUUCAGCGCUGUUCCCUGUCUGCCACGGACCUGAAAACAAAAAGGAAGUUGGAGGAGGCAGCCCAACGUCUAGAAUGUCUAUAUGAGAAACUCUGUGAGGGGACACUCUCCCCGCACGUCCUGGCCGGGCUCCAUGAAGUUGCCCGAUGUGUGGAUGCAGGCCACUUUGAACAGGGCCUGGCAGUGCAUGCUCAGGUGGCGGGCUGCAGCAGCUUCAGCGAGGUAUCCAGCUUCAUGCCUGUCCUGAAGGCUGUCCUCACCAUCGCACACAAGCUGCAGGGCUGAGCCAGCAGCCGCUCUACCAGGAGGCCAUUUCUGCUCUUCCUGAGCUCCUGGCGGCAAGUGGGAGUUUCUCAGCCGCUGUGUUUAGCUCCCAGUCCUCUUCCCUUGCUGCCAGGUACUUGAGGCUGAGGGCUUGGCUUCAACCAGCUGAGUGCCUGUUUCUUACCCUUUGCCUGCCCACCUGGGACUUUCUCUGGGACUUUCAGCCUGGGAGGUAGAGUGGAGUCAGGUGUUACUUGCCCUAAUGGCAGUCCUGCAGGGCCUGCACCAGAGGGUCUCACACAGGCAUGUUCUGUUCGGAUGGCUUCAGAGAGGGUAACCUGUCAUUAGUUCAGUCUGUCUCUGCCAUGACUCAUCUGAUAGCUCUUUUUUUUUUUGUUCUUUCUCUAACUGUACUUCCCCCUGCCUCUGUCUUUAUAUUUUAAGGUUCACAUUUAUUGCAGCCUCAGAGAUCUGGAGAGAAUUGGUUAAUGUUCACUUUUUCAACAAGUCAUAGACAUGAGGAUUGGGAGUGGGUGUUGAGCAAAAUCGAGAGAAGAAACUGGCCCUUUAAAAAAUGGAACUUCCCAUGUCUUAGCAUUCCUCAGAGCUGGCAGGGUUAGGUGGCAAGUGGAAGAGGUGCAGGGCCUUUGGUUGAGACUGUGAAGGAGAAGCCUGUGGAGCAGCAGCUCUCAACCUGUGGGCCACGACCCCUUUGGGAGCUGAGUGACUCUUUCACAGGGAUUCCUAAGACCAUGGGAAAACACAGAUAUUUAUAUUACAAUUCAUAACUAGCAAAAGUAGUUAUGAAGUAGCAGCAAAAUAAUUUUAUGGUUAAGGCAUCACACUGAGGAGCUGUAUUAAUGGUGGCUGCAUUAGGAAGGUUGAGAACCACUGCUGUAGAGAGUGACCCUUGACCCUAGGCCUUAAACUAUCCAGUCUGAUUUUUAAGCCCAGUUCUGAAAUCACAGCCCGGCUUCCCCUCCGCUGCCUUAUGUCUCCGAACUGCUUUCUCUGGCCACGUUUUCAUGCUGACCUCUUAAACAGUACAAUAAACUGAUCUGCUUUCCAAA